CGUUUCUUUCACCACACUUUCUUCCAUGCCGACCCAGUCUGUCAUUUAGGACUUCCUACUGCCUCGACUCUUCUUUCCACUCGUGGACCCCGAAUACGCCGUCAAUCUUUUGCGCCUCCACUUCUCAAGCAGCGGAGUACCUACCACGGCCACUUUUGCGCCGCGCUACAUAGCGACGAUAGUCCUCAUACCCAAGCAUGGAGAACGCGUAUAUACGGUCUACUCAAGACGCUUUAGCCAAUUUCCAAGUCUCAGAAGCGGCCGGUCUGCCAGCGCAGCGCGUGGAGAGCUUGCGGGCAAAGUAUGGACGAAAUGCUUUGCCUGAAGACCCUCCGACACCGAUCUGGGAACUCAUACUCGAACAAUUCAAAGAUCAGUUGGUCAUAAUUCUUCUGGGAUCGGCUGGAGUGUCGUUUUUGUUGGCAUUGUUUGAGGAUGGUGACGGAUGGACUGCGUUUGUAGACCCCGCCGUGAUUCUUACUAUCCUCAUAUUAAACGCCGUCGUCGGCGUCUCGCAAGAAACUAGCGCGGAAAAGGCCAUUGCGGCUCUACAAGAAUACUCCGCCAACGAAGCCAAAGUUAUUCGCGAUGGAGCCGUCAAGCGGAUCAAGGCAGAGGAGCUGGUACCCGGGGAUGUGAUCUCGGUGGCGGUUGGAGACAGAAUACCGGCAGACUGCAGGCUGCUUUCCGUACAAAGCAACAACUUCAGCGUGGACCAGUCUAUCCUCACCGGCGAGAGCGAGAGUGUUGGGAAGGGCACCAAGGCGAUCAAGGAUGCGGAGGCUGUCAAGCAAGACCAGAUCAAUAUGCUGUUCUCAGGAACGACCGUUGUCACUGGACAUGCUACGGCGCUCGUAGUUUUGACCGGAGCUUCGACCGCCAUUGGUGAUAUUCAUGAGAGCAUUACUUCGCAGAUUUCUCAGCCCACGCCUUUGAAAGAGAAGUUGAAUGAUUUUGGGGAUAUGCUGGCGAAGGUCAUUACGGCUAUCUGCAUUUUGGUCUGGCUUAUAAACAUCCGGAAUUUCAGCGAUCCUUCUCAUGGUGGCUGGACCAAGGGUGCGAUCUACUAUCUCAAGAUCGCUGUCUCCCUUGGUGUAGCAGCUAUUCCAGAAGGUCUCGCGGUGGUUAUCACGACGUGCUUAGCCCUGGGUACUCGCAAGAUGGCAGCCAAAAACGCCGUCGUUCGAAGCCUUCCUUCAGUUGAGACCUUGGGAAGCUGCAGUGUUAUCUGCUCUGACAAGACAGGAACAUUGACCACGAACCAAAUGAGCGUCAACAAGAUUGUUUUCAUCAACGAGGCCGGGACUGGACUAGAGGAGAUCGACGUCGAGGGCACGAACUUCGCCCCUGAAGGUAGCAUCACCUUCAAGGGCAAGCCUCUAGAACAUCCUGCAGCGUCGUCCGCUAUUAUCAUGAAAAUGAGCGAGGUCGCGGCGCUGUGUAAUGACGCUAAGCUGGCUUUGGAUGCGAAGAACGGCACUUACAGCAUCGUUGGAGAGCCCACCGAGGGAGCUCUGCGAGUCUUGGUUGAAAAAAUCGGAACUCCGCACCCAAAGAUUAACUCGACCAGGGCCAGCGUCCCUGCUGACGAUCGUCUCCAUUAUUUCAGCAAAUACUACGAGGACCAGUUUCCUAGGUUAGCUACCUAUGAGUUCUCAAGAGACAGGAAGAGCAUGUCUGUUUUAGUUGAGGGACCAAAUACGCAAAGGCUUUUGAUCAAGGGAGCUCCGGAGUCAAUCCUCGAUAGGUGUACCCACACCCUAGUCGGCAGCCAGGGGCAUAAGGUUCCUCUUACUAGCAAACUCUCAAGUCUCAUCAACAAGGAGAUCAUCGACUAUGGCAACCGUGGCCUUCGCGUCAUUGCCUUAGCUUCAGUUGAAGACGCAGGGUCGAACGGUCUUUUCAAGAACGCAAAGACAACGAAAGAUUACACAAAGCUCGAACAAAACAUGACCCUCAUCGGUCUCGUUGGUAUGUUGGAUCCUCCUCGCCCCGAGGUGAUUCAUUCGAUACGCAAAUGCCGCUCUGCCGGUAUCCGAGUCGUGGUGAUUACUGGUGACAACCAGAACACUGCCGAAACGAUCUGUCGACAAAUCGGAGUCUUUGGCGAGAACGAAGACCUCACCGGGAAGAGUUAUACUGGGCGUCAAUUUGACGACCUCGGCGAGUCCGAGAAGCUGGAAGCCGCGAAACGGGCUUCACUCUUUUCACGCACAGAGCCAACACAUAAGUCCAAGCUUGUUGAUCUCCUUCAGCAAGCCGGCGAGGUCGUUGCCAUGACUGGCGACGGUGUCAAUGACGCGCCAGCGUUGAAGAAGGCCGAUAUUGGUGUCGCUAUGGGUUCCGGAACUGACGUAGCGAAGCUUGCAGCCGACAUGGUUCUCGCAGAUGACAACUUCGCCACGAUUGAAAGUGCCGUCGAGGAGGGAAGAUCGAUCUACAACAACACUCAACAGUUCAUUCGCUACCUCAUCUCGUCCAAUAUUGGCGAGGUCGUGUCCAUCUUCCUUACCGCGGCCGCGGGGAUGCCGGAGGCUUUGAUUCCAGUACAGCUUCUCUGGGUGAACUUGGUCACGGACGGCCUACCUGCGACGGCAUUGUCUUUCAAUCCAGCCGACCACGAUAUCAUGAAGAGGCAACCACGGAAGCGAGACGAGCCACUCAUCAGUGGCUGGUUGUUCUUCAGAUACAUGGUCAUCGGGACCUACGUCGGCGCCGCGACUGUUUUCGGAUAUGCGUGGUACUUCAUGUUUAAUGCCGCCGGACCACAGAUUUCGUUCUGGCAACUGUCCCACUUCCACAGCUGCAGCGCCGCCUUCCCGGAAAUCGGCUGCGAAAUCUUCACCAAUGACUCCGCCAAAACCGCCUCCACCAUCUCCCUGUCUAUCCUCGUCGUCAUCGAAAUGCUUAACGCCAUGAACGCACUUUCGUCUUCGGAAUCCCUACUCACACUCCCCUUGUGGAAGAACAUGAUGCUCGUCUACGCCAUCUGCCUUAGCAUGGCGCUGCAUUUCGCGCUGCUUUACGUCCCGUUCUUGCAGGGCUUGUUCAGUGUCGUGCCGCUGGAUUCGGCGGAGUGGCAGGCAGUCAUGGGGAUAAGUGCGCCAAUCAUCAUCAUUGAUGAAGUUCUCAAGUUCUUCGAGCGGAAGUUCUUCAUCAACACCACGUCGUCGGUUGAGGUGGAGAAGGUGGAGAAGAUUGCAAAUGGGAGACCGAAGGCUGAGUAAAGAGGUUAUGCUUGGAGCUCCUUUUCUUUCAAUGGCAUUCUUAACGGAGUCAUGCAGAUACAGGUGGGUGCAUUGUCAGGAGUUGAGAAGAGGCAAUUGGGUGAGUUAGGGGAGGGAGAAAAGACCUGAUAUGUCUUCUGCAUACUGGCUGGGUGUUUUUGUACAUUUUCGCUUCUGCUAUAUAUAGAUGAAAAAUGCGAGGUUCUCGUUUGCGCCGCUCGCGAGAGCGGGAAUGCGAAAUAGAGUCUUUUCUACGCGAACGGAUUCAGUG